AAAAAACGUAAACUGAACACAGCGAGAAAACAAAAAGUUAUCCCGAUCUAGGGUUGGGGGUUUUUGUGGGUUUUUUGGUAGGUUUGAUUAUAGGCAGCAUAACAACUUGAAAGAUCUAUAAGGAAACAGAGUACCUAAUACAGCCCUGUUUUUUAUUUACAUUGAUUCCUAUAUGUUUUGUCACACGCUUGUCCCACACAUGGAGAAUUCUACUCAUUGCGAUCGGAAUCCGGAAAUCUCGCUAGAGAACACUAGGAUCUUACCCCUUUGCGACAUCCGUCGAAAUCCCAUUGCUUUGGAUUUGUGAACAAACUUUUCUACGGCGGCCGUUAGCAGCCAAACGUAUUAGGGCGAAAGCAAAAAUGGCAGCCACCGUAGAAGUGUGCCAUGUAGCUUGCUGCGCCAACCGGGCCGGUCCCGGUGUCGUUUCGUGGGGGAGAGGGGGACUCCUGGCAUUCGGUUCGUGUCGCUCUGUCAUCCUCUACAACCCGCAGAAAAGAAAAGUAGUUGGCACAUUGAAUGGCCACACUGAAAGAGUUAAUUGUGUUCAAUGGAUUCACAGGAAUGAUGGAUCAUAUGAGGCACAAUUGAUUUCUGGAGGAUCUGAUAAACUUCUUAUUAUUUGGGAAACACGAAAUGAGGAGCUUGUGAACUGCAUUCGUCUUGAAGGUCACACUGAAUCUAUUUGUGCUUUGGAUGCCAUUUACCUGUCAAAUGAGUCUCCAUCAGAGGCCAGUGUGCUAGUGGCUUCUGCAGCUUCUGACUCCACUGUCCGAAUAUGGUCCAAGCAAAGAACUGAAGUUAAAUGCCUUCAGACGCUGCUGUUUGGAAAUGGGUUUGUUAUGGAUGUUUCUUUGGCCUUCUUGCCUGGCACUGAUGUGCCGGUACUGGCUUGUGGUGCCGAUGACUGCAAAAUCCAUGUAUAUGUGCAGCAGGCUGGACAGUUUCAGAAGACUUUGCUGCUCCAUGGCCAUGAAGACUGGAUAAGAGGGGUUGAAUGGGCAAUUUUUGAUGAAGAUCUCUUUUUGGCAAGCUGUGCUCAGGAUUGUCUGAUAAGAAUCUGGAAGAUGCAUCAAACUUCAUCAUUGCUUGUGGAAAUCCAAGAUGACAAUGCUGUUAGAUUGAAGGAGAACAUUUUCACUGUAAAAAAGAAUAGUGGUUCAGAUGCAUCUUUUUCUGUUUUACUGGACUCUGUGUUGGCUGGACACGAAAACUGGGUAUAUGCCAUUCAUUGGCAACCUUCAUUUUUCAAAGAUGGCAGGAUGGAACAGCCAAUGAGACUGCUCUCUGCUUCAAUGGACAAAACAGUGAUCCUGUGGGCUCCUGAUGACGAGUCUGGGGUGUGGCUGGAACAGGUCCGAGUAGGAGAAGUGGGUGGAAAUACACUUGGGUUUUUUGACUGCCACUUCAGCCCAGAUGGCUCAAUGAUUCUUGCUCAUGCUUUCCACGGAGCUCUGCAUCUUUGGAAACAGACUUCAGCAAACAAGAGAGAAUGGGCUCCAGAAGUAAUGAUUUCAGGGCAUUUCAGUGGUGUGCAAGAUGUAAAGUGGGACCCAGAGGGAGAAUUUAUCAUCACAGUUGGGUCUGAUCAAACUACAAGAAUCUUUGCUCCCUGGAAAAGAGAGAAUGAAGCAGAGGUGUCCUGGCAUGAAAUGGCCAGGCCUCAGAUUCAUGGAUAUGACAUGCAGUGUUUAGCAAUGAUUGGGAGAUUUCAGUUUGUGUCUGGAGCAGAUGAGAAAGUGCUUCGAGUAUUUACUGCACCUAAGAAUUUCAUGGAAAAUUUCAGCAGCAUUUCUGGCAUCUCUCUGGAUAAACUGUUUUCUGGCCAAAUGAUUGAGCUUCCAGAAGGUGCCACUGUACCAGCAUUGGGGUUGUCCAAUAAGGCUGUCUUUCAAGCAGAAGGUAUGGCAAUUGAGACAAGUGAAGAGGAGAAAAAACUUAGUCGUGUGUCCAGUCAGUAUCAUGAAAAUUACUUUCAGCCGUGCAGUCUAACAGAACCUCCCACAGAAGAUCAUCUCUUGCAGAACAUGCUAUGGCCUGAAACCCAAAAAUUGUAUGGACAUGGGUAUGAAAUUUUCUGUGUUGCUUGCAAUAAUGCAAAAACUGUGAUUGCCUCAGCAUGCAAGGCUUCUAAAAAAGAACAUGCAGCUGUUAUUUUGUGGAGCACCAUGACUUGGAAGCAGCUGCAGAGGCUACCUUUCCACAGUCUGACUGUGACACAGAUUUCCUUUUCUCCAAAUGAUAAAUUCUUGUUAGCAGUUUCAAGGGACAGGAAAUGGUCAGUCUGGAAGUGUGAAGAUACCGGUCCACCAGAACCUGAACCAGCAUUCAGUCUCUUUGCUUAUACGAACCAAAACACAGCUCUUCAUAGUCGCAUCAUUUGGUCCUGUGACUGGACCCCAGACAGCAAGUAUUUCAUUACAGGAAGCAGAGACAAGAAGGUCAUUAUCUGGGGCGAAUGCUGUUCAGUAGAAGAGGAAAAAGAGAAUGGAGCAGGUGUGAUUCAGCAUUGUUCUUCCAUCCUGGAUGUUGGGGAUUCUGUCACUGCCCUUAGUUCUAGUCAUGUGCUUGCUCCUGAUGGGAGCUACAUCAUUGCAGUAGGGACAGAAUCUGGGAAGAUUCAAGUGUACAAAUGGAAACCAAGUGACAAGAACCUGCCUCUUUCUGACUGGACCAAAUGUGUUGAGACGGACAACAGCCAAAGCCACACUCUUGUUGUCAAGGAGCUGUGUUGGAGAAAAUGCACAGGCAAAGCGGGGCAAGAGGCAGCAGAGAGCAGCAAGUGGCUGCAGCUGGCAAGUUGUGGGGCUGACCACUCUGUCAAGAUCUUCAACAUUAAUCGAGACGGUCUUUAAACUGUCACCUCCUUUUCUGACAUGUCUGUAUAUGUGCUUUUAAAAAAACCACUUAUUUUUAAAAUUGCUCUUGGCAUUCUGAAAGCUAAGUUGUCUGAGACGUGUCUCAGCUGAACUUAUUUAUUAAAGCAGUGAGAGUUUUGAAGGA